AUGUUCAUCAACCGUUGAUUCUUCUCAACUAAUCAUAAAGAUAUUGGUACACUUUACCUUUUAUUUGGCGCUUGAGCCGGUAUAGUAGGAACUGCACUCAGUCUUCUAAUCCGAGCUGAAUUAGGCCAACCUGGGACUCUACUAGGUGAUGAUCAAAUCUACAAUGUUAUUGUUACCGCCCAUGCAUUUGUUAUAAUUUUUUUCAUGGUUAUACCAAUCAUAAUUGGUGGGUUUGGGAACUGACUAGUACCCCUAAUAAUCGGAGCCCCUGAUAUAGCAUUUCCACGUAUAAAUAAUAUAAGCUUCUGACUUCUCCCCCCUUCCUUCCUUCUCUUGCUCGCCUCUUCUAUGGUUGAAGCAGGUGCAGGAACAGGUUGAACCGUUUAUCCUCCACUGGCCGGAAAUCUAGCUCAUGCAGGGGCUUCAGUAGAUCUAACUAUUUUUUCCCUACACUUAGCAGGAGUGUCAUCAAUUUUAGGUGCAAUUAACUUUAUUACAACAAUUAUUAACAUAAAACCACCUGCCAUAUCUCAAUAUCAAACCCCUCUAUUUGUAUGAUCCGUACUAGUCACAGCAGUUCUAUUACUCUUGUCUCUUCCAGUUCUUGCAGCAGGAAUUACUAUACUCCUUACAGACCGUAAUCUUAAUACUACAUUUUUUGAUCCUGCCGGAGGUGGAGAUCCUAUUCUAUAUCAACACUUAUUCUGAUUUUUUGGACAUCCUGAGGUUUAUAUCCUUAUUCUUCCAGGAUUUGGCAUAAUUUCUCAUAUCGUAACAUACUACUCAGGUAAAAAGGAACCAUUCGGUUAUAUGGGAAUAGUCUGAGCCAUAAUAUCUAUUGGUUUUCUUGGAUUUAUUGUAUGAGCCCACCAUAUGUUUACUGUUGGAAUAGAUGUAGAUACUCGAGCCUACUUUACAUCCGCAACCAUAAUUAUUGCCAUUCCUACAGGAGUAAAAGUUUUUAGCUGAUUAGCAACCCUACAUGGAGGUAAUAUUAAAUGAUCACCAGCAAUACUAUGAGCACUUGGUUUCAUUUUUUUAUUCACCGUAGGAGGCUUAACAGGAAUUGUCCUAGCUAACUCUUCAUUAGAUAUCGUUCUACACGAUACAUAUUAUGUUGUAGCUCACUUCCACUACGUAUUAUCAAUAGGAGCCGUAUUUGCCAUUAUAGGAGGGUUCGUUCACUGAUUUCCCCUUUUUUCUGGCUAUUCACUGAAUGAUAUAUGAGCUAAAAUUCAUUUUACCGUAAUAUUCGUAGGAGUAAAUUUAACUUUUUUUCCCCAACAUUUCCUAGGAUUAUCAGGUAUACCACGUCGAUACUCUGACUAUCCAGAUGCAUAUACAGCAUGAAAUACUGUAUCCUCAAUAGGCUCAUUCAUCUCUCUUACAGCUGUCAUAAUUAUAAUUUUCAUAAUUUGAGAAGCAUUUGCAUCAAAACGAGAAGUACUUACUGUAGAGCUAACACCAACUAACUUAGAGUGACUACAUGGAUGCCCUCCACCCUAUCACACAUUUGAAGAACCUACUUAUAUUAAAGUUUAG